AUGGACGAGCACCUCAGCCUCCUGAGCUCGCCGCCGCAGCCCUCCGCCCGCCAGCGCGCCCACCCUCCGCAGCACACACUGGUGAACCCGGGCUACGCCGAGCCCGCCGCGGGCUCCGAGCUGCCGCCCGACAUGACGGUGGUGCCCGGGGACCACCUGCUGGAGCCGGAGGCGGCCGACGGCGGCGGGGAGCCGCCUCAGGGUGGCUGCGGUGGCGGCGGCGGCUGCGACCGGUACGAGCCGCUGCCGCCCGCGCUGCCGGCCGCCGGUGAGCAGGACUGCUGCGGGGAGCGAGUGGUCAUCAACAUCUCGGGGCUCCGCUUCGAGACGCAGCUCAAGACCCUCUGCCAGUUCCCGGAGACGCUGCUGGGCGACCCCAAGCGGCGCAUGAGGUACUUCGACCCGCUCCGCAACGAGUACUUCUUCGACCGCAACCGGCCCAGCUUCGACGCCAUCCUCUACUACUAUCAGUCUGGGGGUCGAAUCCGCCGGCCUGUCAAUGUGCCCAUCGACAUCUUUUCCGAGGAGAUCCGCUUCUACCAACUGGGCGAGGAGGCCAUGGAGAAGUUCCGCGAGGACGAGGGCUUCCUGCGGGAGGAAGAGCGGCCCCUGCCCCGCCGCGAUUUCCAGCGCCAGGUGUGGCUGCUCUUCGAGUACCCGGAGAGCUCCGGGCCGGCCCGGGGCAUCGCCAUCGUGUCCGUGCUCGUCAUCCUCAUCUCCAUCGUCAUCUUCUGCCUGGAGACGCUGCCUGAGUUCCGCGACGAGAAGUACUACACCGCGUCGCCGUCGCAGGAGCUGUUCGAAGCGGCCAGUAACAGCACGUCGGGGGGCCCCGCGGGAGCCUCCAGCUUCUCGGAUCCCUUCUUCGUGGUGGAGACUUUGUGCAUCAUCUGGUUCUCCUUUGAGCUGCUGGUGCGGUUCUUCGCUUGCCCCAGCAAAGCUACCUUCUCGCGAAAUAUCAUGAACCUGAUAGACAUCGUGGCCAUCAUCCCUUAUUUCAUCACUCUAGGCACCGAGCUAGCUGAGCGACAGGGCAAUGGACAGCAAGCCAUGUCCCUGGCCAUCCUGAGAGUCAUCCGCCUGGUGAGGGUCUUCCGCAUCUUCAAGCUCUCCCGCCACUCCAAGGGGCUGCAGAUCCUGGGGCAGACGCUGAAGGCUUCCAUGCGGGAGCUGGGGCUGCUCAUCUUCUUCCUCUUCAUCGGCGUCAUCCUCUUCUCCAGCGCUGUCUACUUUGCCGAGGCGGACGACCCCACUUCAGGUUUUAGCAGUAUUCCGGAUGCCUUCUGGUGGGCUGUGGUAACCAUGACAACAGUAGGUUAUGGUGACAUGCACCCAGUGACCAUAGGGGGCAAGAUUGUGGGGUCACUCUGUGCCAUCGCAGGUGUCUUGACCAUUGCUUUGCCAGUCCCUGUAAUUGUUUCCAACUUCAAUUACUUCUACCACCGGGAGACAGAGGGGGAAGAGCAAGCCCAGUACUUGCACGUGGGAAGUUGCCAGCAUCUCUCCCCUUCAGCUGAAGAGCUCCGGAAAGCAAGGAGUAACUCCACUCUGAGUAAGUCGGAGUAUAUGGUGAUCGAAGAGGGGGGUAUGAACCAUAGCGCUUUCCCCCAGCCACCCUUCAAAACAGGCAAUUCCAUGGCCACCUGCACCACGAACAAUAAUCCCAACUCCUGUGUCAACAUCAAAAAGAUAUUUACCGAUGUUUAA